CAAAUUUCUCGAAUAAAAGUACGGUAUAACCACCAUAGUUGUGCUACCUCAAUAUUUGUAAUUUUUUGUUUACUAGCACUUAUUAAUCGUAUGCUUCCCGGUAAUCAAGUACAAUAUGGUUCGAACAGUAUAUUCACCGGAAUAUUGCUUGCAAUAUCUGGAGCAGUAUGCUUCUAAAGAAAUCUUUGGAAUAGGUUUAAUAUUAGGACAAACUACAGCUGCAAAAGAAAAUGUUAUCCAUUUGGCACGUACACCUGAGGAAAAAAGCCCAGACAGUGGUUCAGAAUCUAGUUAUGUUUCUGAUAAAACUGAAAUUGUGAAGAAUCUACUCAGUGUAUCAGAGGCUUGGGUUGCAGAUCAUGCAAAACAUGUUACAAGAAUGUUACCAGGGGGUAUGUUUGUUCAAGGAAUAUUUGUAACCAGUGAUGAAGAUAUAUUUGAGGAUCCUAAUCAAUUUAGUAAAGUAAAAGAGAUUUUAUAUUACAUUUAUAAGGUAUUGAAUGUAAAUCAGUAUAUGUAUGGGAACUGCCCAUAUACAAAUGAAAGGCUUGUCCUUCAUAUGUCAACCAAUACAAAAGUGUUGACUUGUAAAUCUGUAGAGGUUGGCGCCACAAACAAAAGUACUGUGAUAAAGCCAGUGGAGUGGAAAUUUGUACCAAAAGUGCAACAGUGGCAGCGAUUAGACUGCUAUUAUGAAUUUGAUGAAGUAUAUCCUGUAAUAGUAAAGAAAAGUGGCAUAUCGGUCAAACAUCAAUUUCAGCAAAUAUUAGAGUCUUCACAUAAGACUAUAGAAUCAAGUGUUAUGUUCAUUGAUGGGGAGUUGAAGGAUGGAAAUGAAGCUAUAGAGCAACUUAUUAAAAAGAAGAAAACAAAAACUAAUUCCAAGAUUGCUCAGCAAGAUGUGCCCAAAUCUAUGCAUGUCUCAUUAUUUGUACCAUUUGAGAAUACUUUACCAGAGACAGUUGAGUAUCUGGAAUGCGAUGGUAGCAUCCACUUCAGUGGUGUUGUGUCAUCUAGUGUUUUCAUUUGUCCAAAAGCCACAAUCAGUGAAUCUAUAGCGGCUGUGAAACAAGAUAUUAUACGGUCCCUUGCAUCAAGAUUUACAAUGCACUGUGAUGCCUUAAUUGAUGAUAAUUUGUUACCUGAAGAGAAAGUUUGCUUUAACGAGCCACCUCGCCGCGUGUUAGUGCCGGUUGGAUCUCUUUACCUCUGCGACUACUUAUUUCCCGGAGAAGCGCCUGCUGAGGCUCUUCUGUCUGUCCGAGAGCUUCUGGACCUGCAGAUAACUGAGGCUGAGGUCAUUAGUGACGUAGAAACACCUGCAGACACUUCAGAGUUCGAUGCUUUAGACAGAGACGCUAGCAGCGAAGAGAUGUUAGCGACCCCCCAAGAGGCCAGCCAGUUUAUGUACAUCACGGGAAUAAGUUUCGCCAUGUUGGUUUUAAUAGUGUCCAUAAUCAUUCACUACUAUGACACAAUCAUGGAGGUUCUCCGCAAACUACUUACCAGAUCUUAGUACAAAAUAGUCCCUUAACAAGACUAGUUAUUUAAAGUUACGGCCAUUUUCAAUUUUUAUUAUAAAUUUACUUAUUAAUUUAUUUGCAUUUUUAUAAGUAAAUGAUUUUCGAAUUAUAAUCAGGUGAAAGUGCAAUAUGUUUAAUGGGUAGGAAAGUCGUUAUUAUGAUCGGAAUUUUGUUUGUUUCAGUAUGUACCUCACACACCUUGAUAAAAAAUGUGUUUAAGUAUAGGUAGCGGCCCGGCAAACGUCUUAAGCAAAACCACAGACAAAUAAACUUGUGCAGUAGACAUUUUUGUAUGU